ACAGUUGACACUGUUGACAGUUGACUUAAGCUAAUUUUUUUAGAAGAACAAGAUUUUUAUUUUCAAAUUUCUUCUAUGAUGACUAUUGGGUGUUUAUGAAAUUAAAACAUGUUUUUGUCAAAGUUGUACUCAAUUAAUAACUUCAAAUAUAUGAACGAUCUAUAUUACGUUAUCAGACGAACAGCAGUAUAUCAUUCGUCACAGAAAAAUGUUUCAAGGAAGCAUAUUUCAUCUGAUCUUCUAGAAAAUGCUUUUGAUUCAAUAUCUGUAAAUAAACCAACUGAUUGGAAUGAUAUUCAUGAUUUUGUACUAAACCAUGAAGAAAAUAAAGAAAACAUCUGUAACAAAAUAAAUAUCGAUGGCCUAAUUAUGAAAUGGUGUGUACAAAAUAAUAAAACCUCUUAUGCAGAGAGUUACAUAACAUAUUUGCGACAGAGUGACAAGGAAAUAAAUUUAGCAACAUUUGGACUUUACUUAAGAUCAAUAUGUCAAAGUAAUCUAGUUAAGUUAGAGCCAGAGAAGGAGACGGAGAUUAUUCAAAUGUGCACGGAUUUGAAAAAUGGUCAUCCUGUAUUGGAUUCUAUCACAUUAGAAGAUAUAAUAUGUGCACUUUCCUUAACACAUAAAUGGGAAGAUUGUAUACCUUUGUUAGAAGAGGUAAAAUUGACCAAAACAAUAUCAACAAGAGCAUAUAGUUUUGUUAUAUCUGCUGCUUUCCUAAAUAACAAUGAAAAGUUAGCAUGGGCUUUAGCUAAUGAAUUAUUGGAGUUAGACAGAGAACCAUUAAGCAUGGUGUAUUUAUCAUACCUAAAAUCUAUCAAAAAAUUAGAAAAGGGAGGAAAUAUUGUUGAAAAGUUAGAGAUACUGUUUGAUUUUUUCAAAAGAAAUGGACUUAUCUGCCGGGAAGAUGUUGCUAAAGAGUUACUUCUCUAUAGAAAUACUUCUAAUGUCCUUGUAAAAUUUUCAGGUUUUUGUAAUGUGUGCAAGACAAAGCUUACAAAGAUGGAACUUACAGAUGAUGAAUUUUCCGAAUUAAAAGAAGUAUUUUUAAAAAAUGUCAUUAUUGGACAGGAUAUUUUUAUUAAAUCAGAUCCCCUUGAAAUGGGUCAAUUCAAGGAAUUUGUGACUAAUUUAGGCAAAUUUGAUGUUAUACUAGAUGGACUAAAUAUUGCUUAUUCUGUAGGAACUAACAAAGGAACACAAGUCUUUUCAAAACUGGUAGCAUCUGUAAUUUCAUAUUUUGUUCAGCAGAAAAAAUCUGUUUUAAUGUUAGGAAGAACACACAUGAACAAAUGGCCAAAAAGUAAUUGGAAUUACAUAAAAAACAAUUGUACUAUAUUUCUUGCCAAGGACAUUUCACAGGAUGAUCCUUAUCUUCUGUAUUGUGCAUUACAUUCAGGACCGAAGACUAUAAUCGUAACAAGAGAUCAAAUGAGAGGUCAUAGACAUCUUUUAAAAGAUAGGAAAUAUAAAAUGUUAUUUACCAAGUGGCUGGGACAGAGACAGUAUGAAUUAUUAACGUUUAAUAAAAAUGAUAAACCGAUAUUUAGGAUACCUCCGCAUUUUAGCACCAUAGCCCAAAAUAGUGAAAAUAUCUGGCAUAUUCCAUAUAAAUCUCAAGAUAAAAAUAAUAGCAUUAAUGAUAAUUAUCAUAAGAACUGGGUAUGUUUAAAAUUAGAGAAAUAAAUUGUUUUAGUAUUUUUAGA